GCGUCACAGCCACACUCCCACAACCACGGGAACUCACACUUGACGCGGCCGUUACUCCCGGGAUGGUCGUUAGGGGUCGUUGGUGUAUGCCAGAGUGCCCUAGUGUGUCCCCUGCCCCCCUGCCACGACGCCCUGCCCCCCGUGACCCUGGGAUGGGCGCGUGUGUGUAAAGGUCGCGGGUUUUUUGAGGCUCUCUUCGCCGCCUACUUCGAGUCCCCCGCCUUCGCCACCGCCCGAGUUCUUGAGCUGGUCGGGGUUAGUGUGUCCGUGUGUGUACGUGGUGUGUACGUGACCCAGUGUGUGCUUUCUGCUUCUAGUGUGUCUGUGCGGAGGCUGACACGAACACCAGACCACCACCAGGGAACAGUCAGCCACUUGCAACCACUCAACCAGUCAGUCAGUUAGUCUUUGGAGGGUAUUGCAUUGAGUCUGCCACCUCCAACCACCACCAGCUACAACACCACCUACUUCUUCUUCGUCAUCGUCGUCGCUAAGAAUGGACCCAAUGUAUCAUCACUGGUGGAACAGUUACAACCAACACAACUCGGGCACAAACUGGUACAUGGAUCCCCAUAAGACAGGAGGCGGCAUGAACCAGCAACCGCCCCCUGCACACAACAUGCCUGGGCCCCCGCAGCACCCCACCACCCAGCACCCCACCGCCAUGGGCCAGGCCAUCCCUCCGCGGCCCAUGCAGCCCAACUACCCCAUGCAGCCGCGGCCAGCUCACACAGGGGCACCGGGGGGCAUGGCAUCCAAGCCCCUGGGAGCCCCCGGUGGCCUGAUGGGCCCCAAGCAGCAGACACAGGGUGGCGGGCUGGGCCCCAAGCCCAUGGUGCAGGCCAACGUGCAGCAGGUGCAGCAGAAGGCCCUCACACCCAUCCACCAGCCGGCCCAGCCCAAGCAGAACAUGCCAGCCAACACCACCGCCAACAUGACCCAGAUGGGGAAGACCUUUGGCCCGGCUGUGUCCAUCUCCUCGGCCCUCAACAAGCCCAUGGGCCCGUCUUUGCAGCAGCAGCAGCAGCAGAUGAUGCACCAGCAUCAACAGCAGCUCCAGCAGCAGCAGCAGCAGCAACAACAGCAGCAGCAACAGCAACAGCAGCAGCAGCAGGCCCAGCAGCAGCACCACCAGUCGCAGCAGGAACAAUCACAACAGAAUCAGGCUGCCAAGCCCAACGUACCUGUCCAGCCCCAGCAGCAGCAGCACCAGCAGGCCCUCAAGCCAUCAGUACCUGUCCAGCACCACAACCAGCAGCCAGCCAAGCCCAAUGUACCUGUUCAGCAACUACAGAACCAGCAGCCUCUCAAGUCCCUGGUGUCCUCCCAGCAGCAGCCCCAGCAGCAGCAGCAGCAGCAGUCCCAGCCCGGCAAGCCUCCCGUGUCCCAGAACGCCACCACCCUACCCAAGCCCCCCACCCCCUCCGUGUCCAUCACACCCAGUGUGGCCAAGUCAGCCCUCAGCUCCCUGCCCCUUGGCACACAGGUCAAGCCAGUACAAGCACAGGGUGCUGCGGCCCCUGCCAAGCCCGUGCCCGCAGCCGUGCCCAUCGCCGCCACUGUGACGCCAGUCCCUGCCAAGCCUGCCAGCCAGCCCGCCGCCACGCCCGCUGCAGCGUCUGCCUCCGCCCCCAAGCCGGCCACCACCGAGGCCCCGGCGGCUCCCCAGAGCCAGGCACAGGCACCCAGGCCCACCAACCCCCCGCCCGUGACGGUGACGGCCAAGCCUGCCCAACUGCCUGCCAAGCCAGCCACACCCCCCGUCACCACGGCACCUACGGCCCCGGCGGCUUCCCCCGCCAAGCCUGCCACCACCCCAGCCACCAUCACCCCGGCAGCCCCCCAGCCCAAGCAGCCGCCCACUGAGGCCCCAGCCCCCCAGAAGCCGGCUGUCAGUGAAGCCCCGUCCCCCCAGAAGCCCGUGGAGGCCAGCAAGCCCGCCGAGGCGCCCGCCAAGAACCAGACGGUGCCCAGCGUGAACGGCGUGCCGGCCGCCAAGAGCCCCGCCAAGCCUGUCACAGCAGCGCCGCCACCGGCCAAGCCCGCCGACACUCCCCCGGCCACUGAGGCCAAGCCAGCGACGGCUGCAGCCCCCACCCCUGCCCCAGCUUCCACCCCCGCCAAAGCAGCAGCUCCAGCACCCGUCCCCGCCAAGCCCAAGGAGGCCACCCCGCCCCAGCCCAAGAAGGAGGCCGCCAAGACGCCCACGCCCACCAAGGCUGCCACAGAGAACUCCACCGAGUCCAAGACAACCAACCACCUGGACACCAAGGCGGAGGAGCCCGAGGAGACGCCCAAGAAGAUCACCACCAGGACUCCCAGGCAAAAGCGUGAGGUUCAGGCUGUACUGGACACUCCCGGGGACGAGCGGCGAAGCAAGCGGUCGCGUAACCCGGCCAGUCUGUACCAGUCGCCCAGCGUGGAGAGUGUGAGCCGGCCGCGCAAGACAGAGCAGCCCGCCACGCCCAAGACACCCCAGGACAGACUCAUCAUCUUCUUCAGAAAUGAGCACGUGGCUGUGAGGAACUCCGAGGGCACGUUCUUCCUCUGCCAGGUGGCCCAGAACGUCUUCAAGAACACACGCAAGAUCAAGAUCCGGUGGCUGUCCCCCAUGGACCCGGAUGACAAGAAGUGCAACACCUACACACCUGACUACUACGACAUCACAGACUUCGAUUGCAUCCUGACCACCGUGAGCCUGGAGCGGAUAGACCGGAAAACGCUGCGGUUACGGCCGGAGGAGGAGACCAGAAUCAACAACAUCCUCAAGCGGGCGAUGGACAUGGAGAAGGGUGUCCUGGCGGAUGACUCCAACGUCAACCCCGACCACCCCGACGGAUUGGACCUGUCCCUGUACAUCAACGAGGAACAGCUCAAGACCAGGAGGAAGAGAAGCUCCCCCUCCAAGAGAAAGAAGAAGGAUGAGUCGUCCGGGGAGAGCGGAGUCGAGUCGGAGGAUGAGUCCCAUGACAGUGAAGGUGAAGAAGAAGAAGAAGAGGUCAGCCCCAAGAAGGCAGCGAAAACUCCCUCCAGACGCAAGCCGAGAGGAGGCAGCAAGACCCCGGCCAAGGCCAAGGCUUCCACCCCGGCCGCUGCUGCCAAGACCAAAACCCCCAAGGCCGGCCAGCCAUCAACACCAAGGGGCAAGGCCGCUGCCGCCGCCGCCGCCGCCGCUGCUGCUGCCACUGCCGCCGCCGCCGCUGCUGCUGCUGUGAAGACCCCCAGCACCCGAGGCACCCCUAAGGUCACCAAUGCGAAGACCGCCUCACCCAAGACCACCACCCCCAAAACCACCACCACCACCGGUACCCCAAAGGCCGCCAUCACCGUCCCUAAGGCAACACCCAAGAGCGGGCGGCGGGCUGCAAGGAAAUAGCCCGAGGCCCAGCUGGCUGAGCCCCUAGACCAGAGCCCAGAGGAAUCGAAGAGCGCGCGAGGCAAACCACCCAAGAACCUCACCGCCUGUAUUCGACUGAUGCUCCUUGAUAAAUAACAAUCUGUCGUCCAAUUGUUGGUUUGAAUAAGGGAAAGAGUGCGUGAGUGUGUUACCGAACUCUCUGGAGGAUGAGCUAUGUGGCACGGAGGAGUAGUGUGACCGAGUGAACGACUGACUGGCUGGCCGAGCUGCUGCUGCUAUUGAUGCUGCUGCUGCUGUGGUGGUGUGUGUGUGUGGAGGCCGUGCGUGUAUUGGUGACGGCCCAGGCAUUAUCAGGGGGUUUCAUAACUGUAGUAUCUAUGCUGUCUUUUCUCCUGUCUUAACCCUCUCAUCAGUACUUUCCUCCAGUUUUUCUCUCCCUUAUGUAGAGUCUAUGCUGUCAUUCCUCCUAUUUUAACCUUUUCACCAUUAUUACUCCUAGUCCCUUAUCACUUUUUCUCUCCCCUAUGUAGUGUUUAUAAUGUCAUUCCUCCUUUCUUGACCUUUCACCAGUACUUCUCUUUGCCCCUUAUAACUUUUUUCUCUUAUGUAGUGUCAUCCCUUCUCCUCUUGCCCUUUGUCAGUACUUCUCUUGAUCCUUACGGCUAUUUUCCUCCCCUAUGUAGUGUCUAUAAUGUCAUCACUUCUCCUCUUGCCCUUUAUCAGUCCUUCUCUUAACCCGCAGCUAUUUACCUCCUUUGUAAUGUCUCUAAUGUCACCCCUUCUCCUCUUGCUCUAUGUCAAUACUCUUACUCUACCUCUUUUACAAUUUCUCAACCACCAGUACAAUUUUUACCUCCUCCCUUCUCUUCCGUGGCUGUCCGUCUCCUCCCGUCGCCGCCACGUCGGUCUUUCUCUCCCGUUGUACCGCCGUCACGCCUGACCCUCGUGUCGGCUCUCCACAAGACCGCCACCGAAGGCCGCUGUCUGUUUGUCCCUGGCGUGCGUGAGCUGCCUCCUUCCCUGCGUGAAUGGUGCCUGAGAGAGUAAGUGUGUACAGAGCUCAGUGGGGGGUACAUGUGUAACCAGUUUUAAAUUAACUAGAGGAUAGGUUAUGUUCAGAGUACAUAUUAAUGUUUUAAUCUAUUGUAUAUGUAUAAUAGUUCUAAAUGUACAACUCAAACUUUGUAUUAUAACGAUAUGGCAAUGUGGCAUUCCCCUUCUCCCCCCCCACCCACUCCCUCCUCCCUCCACCCUUUGUCCUAGCCCUUCACCACCCUCCCCUGCCCUCCCUCCCCUUGCCUCCCUCCCACCCCCUGCCCCUCGCCGCAAGGCCGGGGCGCGUGGGGAUCAAUCAUCAACUCCCGCAGACUGUCAAUCACUGCUCAACCUGAAAUUAGUUGUUACGUUGAGGCGCGUCCUCGUGGGUCCUGGGUGAGGGAUGCAGCAUGUGUUUGUUUGACCAUUGGUUCAGCCCGGCCAGACGGCGCCACAACCGCUCGCCUCGCCGGGCCGUCACGCAGAGUUUUGAGUUUGUAUUCUACAUACUACUGUCAUCCAUCAAACAGUGGAUCUUGCAAUCAUUCUGUUUAAGAGUUUUAUUUUUUUGUUACUUUUGAAGUGGAAAUGCAAUAUUUUGCUACUGUUCAAUGCACGAUUACUACUUGCACUUAAGUACUGAGCAAUUGGCUUAGGAAUUACUCAGCAGUAGCAUAGUAGUGUCUGCCCUCUACCUCGUGUGGGGGAGAAGCAAGGGGCACCGCCUGUCUGUCUGUCUGUCUCGGCACAGGGUAACGCGCCACACAGCCGUGUACAUUCUUCACGCCAUGCUGCAAGCUCAGUGUGUUGAUAUUUUUUGACUACCGUCGAAAGCGUAAUUGUUUGAGGCAGAGUGUGCCGGCCGGGUGGAGGGCAGACUGUGGUAGGCUGUACAUAGUGACGACCGUAACAUUGAUGUGCUGUCUUGACCGUAGGUGUGUGACUUGCGAAUGCUGUCCGUGUUACAGAUUAUAUUUGGCUGUAAUUCUUAGAGGCUGCUCGUGCUGUGGCCAAGAAUGGUGAAAAUAAGUCCAUCCUAGUUUUCGGAAUUUCCAGUGACAUGUGCCGACCCCAUAACGAAUCUGUCAUGAAGGCUGUUGUCUGACCACUUGGGUACAUUUUCUGCUUGGGUUGGGGUGUACCGGGAGGCAGUGUAGUUCUUAGCACCGUAAGUUACGACCGCAUUCAAGUUGUGUUUUAAGAUUUGACAUCACUGAGCAUAUCUGGGCUAUGGUAGCGAGCGACGUGCCACGCGAGUGCUGUUCCGUGGAUAACCAAGCCCUGUAUUACCUUAAGCCUAAUUUCUAAGCACCGUUUAGUGCUCCGCAAGGCGACCCCGGGAGCCUCGUGGUGGGCCUAAGUGGUGCUUGCCGAUAGAUAGGGGUUUAUGUGGGAGGUUUAUUGACAUUUUAGUUUUUUUUACAUUAAGCUGGGCAGCGACGCUCACGUAUGAAGCAAGAGGAAUCAAUCCGUGCGUCGUCCUCGGAUCUGUGCCGAGUAGACUUAAUAUCCGAUGAGCUCCUUAGUGUUCUCCUGCGCUGGUGUGUUGACAUUACUGAGACUUGGCCGUAAUGUACAUGGAACCAACCAACUGACGUGUUCUUUCAUAAUAGUUUGUGUCACGGGCGGCCAGGCGACGCGGUGACUGACUGUCUUAACGAGUUGCUUUUAUAUAUCUAACAAAACGUUCGGCGGCGACUUUUAUACGUACGUACGUGCAUGCAUACAUACAUACACGUUUUGAGGACUCGGGGUGUUUGUAAAGUUUCCAUUUUGACGCUCUGCUAGUGCAAACCAAACCAAACCGAACCCACCUGUCCAACUGGCUGCUUGCCCUAACGAGCGAGGAAUGACACCUGGCAGGAGGCAUCAAAGGGAGGAAUAAAGGAAAGGAAACAAAAUACAAGCUUUUAUUACCGUUAUCGGAAGUGUGGUGUGCAGUGGACAUGGAAAUACAGAGCAAACAAAUACAAUUAAUUUAAACUGUGGACUUGUUUGGACAGCUAAUGGUGAUGAAAAGUGAUGAAGCAAAGCAGUAUAUGAGAGCAGCUAAUAAAGUCGUAACAAAACUGCUCCCUGCUGUCACCACGCACGAGGAUCACCACCACCACUACAGCAACACCACAUGGAAAGCCAACCGGGUGUUACGGUGUUGCACUGAGGGAACGUUACGACCUACCCACACUUGUAUUUCCUUCUCAGUCCACAGACACUUGCAGGACAGUAUACGGGAAUUGCCGGGCAUCUCAUCUGUACCUUUAACUGCAUUUAUAAGGGAAAGGGAAGCAUACGGAAGGGGUUGUGGAGGUGAGCUGUGUAAAUCGACUCCGCCUCACCACCCUGCCCUCCCUGCUGUGCCUGCCUCCCCCUGUCAACUUAAUAAUUCAGUGAUUCACGGAAAGGCAUUUUUCAGCAGGGCGACAAAGUAUAUAUAGAGGUAUAUAUAGACAAAAAGAGGACUGACUGGAUUGCACGUAACCCCAUCAUGUGAUUACUACGUUUUUUUUUUUUUUUAAUGGAAGAACAGUUUACUGAUAUAAUUUGCCAUUGAUGUUUGUUAACCCCAAAAAUAUCAAAGUUGUGUAAAUUAUGCUUUUUUCCACUAGUUGCUAUUAAAGACUAUUUUGAGGAAAACUACAUAUUUAUUUUAAUGUCAGUGAUCCUUUCUGGAAAACAAUGGCUGCUUGUUUGUUGGAAAGGGCUUGUGUUUGAACCUGUUUUAUUUAUUGAUUGAUCUAUUUUUUUGUCAGACGCAAGGAUGGUAGAGACCUAAAUCAUGUCGGACAACAGAUUAGUUUUCAUCUUUUUGCAACUGACCAUUUUCAAGAGGUAUUUUACAUACAGUAAGUAGGUCACAUUGUAGCAAUGUGCCAUUGUUUUCAUAAGUAAAUAUCAUUGUACAA